UAAUGCCUUCCCUUCUAAAUUCUCUGCUGCUGUCAGCUGACUUCGAAGAUAGUUGGUUUGUGUCGAGAAGCAAAAAUGUCUGGAAAAGAUAGAAUUCCAAUAUUUCCCUCGCGAGGAGCGCAGAUGUUAAUGAAAGCUAGACUAAAAGGAGCACAGAAAGGCCACAGUUUACUGAAGAAAAAGGCAGAUGCUUUGCAGAUGCGAUUUCGGCAGAUUCUGGGGAAAAUUAUUGAGACUAAGACGCUGAUGGGAGAAGUGAUGAAAGAAGCUGCCUUUUCAUUAGCUGAAGCAAAAUUUACUACGGGAGAUUUCAACCAAGUUGUCCUGCAGAACGUAAAUAGGGCCCAAGUAAAGAUUCGGACAAAGAAGGACAAUGUUGCAGGUGUUAUGUUACCUGUAUUUGAAAGUUAUCAAGAUGGUACAGACACUUACGAACUGGCAGGUCUGGCAAGGGGUGGUCAGCAACUUGCCAAACUCAAAAAGAACUACCAGAGUGCAGUGAAGCUGUUGGUUGAAUUAGCUUCACUGCAGACAUCUUUUGUUACUCUUGAUGAGGUCAUCAAAAUAACCAAUAGAAGAGUUAAUGCUAUUGAGCAUGUAAUUAUUCCACGCAUUGAACGUACACUUGCCUAUAUAAUAUCUGAACUGGAUGAAUUGGAGAGAGAGGAGUUUUACCGGUUGAAGAAGAUUCAAGACAAGAAACGCAUUGCCAGAGCCAAGGCUGAAGCUAAAGCCGAAGCACAGAAACAGGCGUUACUGAAGGCGGGCCAAGAUGUCACCUACACUCCGAGUCUACUGGAUGAAGGAGAUGAAGAUAUCCUGUUCUAAGUGUUAGGUACCAUGUGGUGGUUUUAGGUGCAUUUCUUAUCUGUGUAAAUAUUUGCUACUGUAUCUUACAUUUUAAUGUAAAAGAAAAAGUUCUUUGUCAGUAGGUUUAGGCUUUCAUAUGUUGACAUCAGUAAUAUGGGUACAAAACAAUGUAAAAUAUAUUUAAUGUCCCGUUAGCAGACAGCAAAAUUGACCGGUUGCUUUCAUUUAUCCAUUCCGUAUGUCCACUUAUAUAUUCAAUACUGACAUUCAUUAAAGUGAUACCUGUUCAUUGACUUUACUCGGGGAUCUUUGAAGGUGGAAGAGUAGGUAAAAUGGUUAGAAGGAUGUUUUGUAGAACAGUAUUAAAAUAAACCUGUAGUUGAAUUGAUGAACUGUUGAAGUGAUAACAUGUAAACUGAAAUUUUUGUUUCAGUGGCUAAAGUAUAAGUGUAAAGUUGUAAUCCUUAAAGAUUUAAACAGUGCUGAGAGCAUUUUUCUGUUUGAAAGUUGGAUGCUACUGCCAUGUAAUAUUUUAGUCUUUUGUUGUGUGUGUGCGUAUGUGCAACUUCUAGCAGUUUGGCAGAUGGCUGUUACUCUGUGUUACAACACAGGACAAUUCCAAAGUCCGUAUGCAGACUGUAUCUUAUGUAAAUAUUCAUUUUGGUGAAAAAAUUUCAACAAACAUCUCAUUGUGUCCAUUGUAAAUAUGAAAUGUGGUCUAAUUGUAACAUUCCAUCAAUGUGAACACUGUAUAUAAUGAGUUUAAAUAGCUUAUUGCAAGAUAAAUUAUCUUAAUGUCAAA